AUGCCAUCCAAGAAGAAAAUCCACUUGACUCGCACGGAAAACAACUACCCCUCUGUCAACGAGCUGAAGAGGCGGAUCCGGGAUGUCAAGCGACUACUCAACCGGGUUGAUCUGCCCGCUGAUGCGCGGAUCGUGCAGGAACGAGCACUGAAAGGAUACGAGAGAGAUCUGGAGGAUGAAAACAAGAGACGGGAUCGUUCGCAGAUGAUCAAGAAGUACCAUUUCGUUAGAUUUCUCGAACGCAAAGCAGCAACCAAAGACCUCAACCGACUUCUCCGUCGCGAAAAAGAACUCGACCCCAAAGAAGAUAAAGCCGCUCUCAAAUCCCUCAAGAAGCAAAUCCACUCUGCCCGCGUGAACCUCAACUACACCAUCUACUACCCCCUCACGGAAAAAUACAUCUCGCUCUACGCAGACAAGAAACAGCACAAGAAGUCCGAAGAAGACGAGACCGAGGCAGACACCGAUACCGUCAAACUCACCCCUCUCGCUGCAGAAGAAAAACCUCCCAUGUGGAAUGUCGUUGAGAAGAGCAUGGCGGAGGGAACCCUUGAUCGUCUCCGAGACGGCAAAUUGAAGACCGGAUUGAGCACCGACGACACACCCACUACAUCAUCGACGACAGACAAGAAGAGCAAGGAUAGCAAAGAUACCAAAAAGUCCAGCCACGAGAAGAACAUCCCCGAGAAGAAGAGCAAAUCGAAAUCCGACCAGACUGAGCCGAGGAAUCGCAGGGAGAGACGGAGAGAAGACAUUGAAAUGCGCGAGGCAUACCGCAAAGCACAGAACGACAACGAUAACGAUAGCGAUGGUGGCUUCUUUGAGGAAUAG